AUGCUCCUGUGCUGCCGCCCGCCCCUCCGUGUCAUGAAAAGGAAGCUGGACGCCUUGCUUCACGGUCCCUCGCACGCCAAAAUGCCCAUCUCCACCAAAAUCCAGCUCGACCCGCGCGAGCGCCGUCUGCGCAACCUCCUCGUCGACGUGGCCCGGUCCAUCGACGGGCCGCAGCCCGUCGUCCUGCGCUGGGCCGGCGGCUGGGUGCGCGACAAGCUGCUCGGCUCCGCGAGCCACGACAUUGACGUUGCCAUCAACGCCAUGACCGGCGGCCAGUUCACGGCCCACCUGCGCGAGCACUGCCAGAAGCCGGACGUCAUCGCGGCCCACGGCCUGGCCGACGGCGACAUUGGCAGCCCGCACACCGUCGCGCGCCAGCCCGACAAGUCCAAGCAUCUCGAGACGGCCAUCCUGCGCCUCUUUGGCCUGGAUCUCGACUUUGUCAACCUCCGCAAGGAAACGUAUGCCGAUGACAGCCGCAACCCGCAGAUGGAGUUUGGCACCCCCGAGGAGGAUGCGCUGCGGCGUGACGCCACCAUCAACGCGCUGUUUUAUAACCUCAACACGGAAGAGGUGGAGGACUUUACCGGCGGCUUGGCUGACAUGGAAAAGAGAAUUAUCCGCACGCCGCUAGAGCCUCUGCAGACCUUUAAGGAUGAUCCGCUGCGUGUUCUGCGACUGAUUAAGAUUAGCCGCGAACGUGUCGGGCAAGAGCUCGAGAAGAUGCUACAAGACAAGCAUCCUCGGUUGGCACUGCAGCUCAUUGAUGACAUUGGUCUAUACCAUGCUAUAUUCACAGACCCUACACGCCCAGAUCUACAGCAACCGGACAUCACCAGAUGGCCCGUUGCCUACAAUGGUCUUGAUGACAUCCUGCAGACGCAGACCCCAGGCUCCAUUGCCGCCACCCUCAUACACACAGACGAGUACCGCUGGAUCGCGUGGAACCUCGCCGCCGUAAGCCCAUGGAUGCGCGUGCAAGACCCGCCCGGCACCAAGAGAAAGGCCAACGCCCUCCCCCCCGUCGGCGUCAUUGCACGCGAGGGCUACAAGGCCGCCAAUAAGCUCACCGACAUCAUGGCCGCCUCGCACCGCCACCUCGACGAGAUUCUCGGCUUCAAAAAGGACGUCCUCGACGGCGCCGCGCGCAUCCACGAGCGCGACCGCCUCGGCAUGGCCAUCCGCCGCUGGGACGCGCAGGGCGGCUCUUGGCGCCUGCAAGUCCUCGCGGCGUUGUUCACCGAGGCGCUCGAGCGGUUGUCCGCCUGGCCCAACGCCGCCGUCGAGGGCGGCGGCGGCAGCAGCAAUGCCGGCGCGCACGCGACCAAGCGGGAUGAGUUUGUCGCCGAGUGGCAAAAGUUCCUCGACCACCUCGUCGAGAUGGACGUCAUGGACGCGCCGCAGCUCAAGCGCCUGCUCGACGGCCGCGAGCUCGCCAAGGCGCUCGGCGUCAAGCCGGGCAAGUGGACGGGCCAGGCGCUCGACGUCUGCGUCGCGUGGCAGCUGCGUAAUCCGGAUGAGACGGAUCCAGCACCGGCGAUUGAAGAGGUGCAGAAGCAACGAAAGGACCUGGGCAUCCCGGAUGCUCAAUGA